CGUCUCACCAUCUUUGGCCAUUUCAUUCCUCUACUCCUUUCGGGCCUGACGACGUUCAACUUCAACUAUCGAAAUCAGAACACAAGCUUCCGUCUUUCCUUACUCAUUUCAGCUUGCAGAACCAACAUCUAGCUGAUCAGAAUCCCUUUGACGGUCCCUCAAGAUGACAACCCGAUACCGAGUCGAGUAUGCUCUUAAGACUCACAGACGAGAUCAAUUCAUAGAAUGGAUCAAAGGCCUCCUUGCCGUUCCCUUCGUGCUAUAUUCGCAGCCCACUGGCAUCCUGAGUUCCGAUGUAGAGUCGAUUGCCCGACAUUCCAACGAGGCACACCGUCGCUACGCAGAGAUCCUCCGAGACGUGGAACAUAUGAUAGAUGAUCACAUCUCUCGUCAAAAUACUCACGACAUCAUCCCCUCCAAGCUCAACAUGCUUGUCCCCACAGCAGGGCCCUUCUUUACGCGACUUCCCCUCGAGGCCGCCUUCAAGUACCAAGACAGCCGCCGCCACAUCUCGUCACGCCGCUACGUCUCCCCCUCCUUCAACGACGUCCGUCUCACACUCAACUCGGCCCAGGCCAUGGCCGUGACGGCGGGGUCCCUCCAGCUCGCCACCUUCGACGGUGACGUCACGCUCUACGACGACGGGCAGUCCCUCGAACCCUCCAGUCCCUUGGUGCCCCGCAUCCUGGACCUCCUCCGCCGCGACGUCAAGGUCGGCAUCGUCACGGCAGCGGGCUACACCACGGCGGACCGCUACUACGAGCGCCUGCACGGCCUCCUGGAUGCCCUGGCCGCGAGCCCGGACCUGACGCCCCGGCAGAAGCGCAACGUGGUCGUCAUGGGCGGCGAGGCCAACUACCUCUUCGAGGUCGACCCGGACGCCGGGCCCUCCCGCCUCCGCGCCGUGCCGCGUGCCGAGUGGCUCACGCCCGAGAUGGCCGCCUGGUCCGAGGCCGGCAUCGCGGCCCUGCUAGACGUGGCCGAGGCGGCCCUCGGUGACUGUAUCCGCUCGAUGCGCCUGCCGGCCGUCAUUGUGCGCAAGGACCGCGCCGUCGGUAUCAUCCCGUCCGACCCGUCCAUCCGCAUCCCGCGGGAGUCCCUCGAGGAGACCGUCCUCGUUGUGCAGCGCAUCCUGGAACUCUCGACCCUGGGGUUCCGCGCCGAGCGUUCCGUCCCGCACCCCCAGCAGGCCGACACGCCCCCGGAGCGGUCUCCCGGUUCGGUGCAAGAGGCGGACGAGGAAGAAGAGGGAGAGGAGGAGGAGGAGGAGGAGAGGAGGAAGAGGAGCAGGGGAAAGAUGCACAAAAAGCACAAGAAGAUACCCUUCUGCGCGUUUAACGGCGGGAGGGACGUCUUCGUCGAUAUCGGGGACAAGUCGUGGGGAGUCACGGUGUGCCAGAAAUGGUUCGCCAUGCGCGAUGGCGACCCGGACGGCAUGAUUGGGGGGAAGAACACCCUCCACGUCGGCGACCAGUUCCUCAGCGCCGGGAGCAACGACUUUAAGGCUCGUAGUGUGGGUACCACCGCUUGGAUUGCGAGCCCUGCCGAGACGGUCGAGUUGCUGGAUGAGUUGGCUGCGCUGAUGGACGGGAAGAGGACCGAGGUGGAGGCGAACUGAAGUCGUUCUCCCCCUUUGUUAUAUAUAAUACAUACCACCUCCAAGUCCGUUUCGGGGUCGGUUGCGUCGUCUGGCCUUGGCGAGAGUCCCUCUCUGAUGUCAGCUGAACUACAAGCAUCAUGCCGAGUAUGAUAUUCAUGAAGCAAACGACCAACCAAAUAAUACGAUGG